UCAUUCAUUUUGAAAGUUUCAAAAUGUUUGUAAUUUUUUUGGAACUGCAAAAUAAAACUUUUCAGGCAAAGUUAUUUCCUAUUUCCAAAGAUUCAUUGAAAACAACAACGUCAUAACUUUUUUUGUGAACUAUAAAACAAUAUAGUCGUAUGGCGAAGAAAGAUAUUGAAUUAUGAGCACUUCUUCAUCGUCCAAAAUACCGGCUUUAGCUGAUUGUGUUCUUCUGCAAGUGGAAAAUCGCAUUAAAGAAUCGGAAAACAAACAACUGCUAGACGAGGAUUUGCUGUCUCUACAUGCAGUUUUCGGAGCAGUGCUUGAACGCGCCCUAGACAUAUUAGAAAAAUAUCCUACUUUUGUAGCGUACACAACCGCUAAUAAAAUUAGAACUUUGAUAGAGAUUCAAGGUGAAAACGACCGCUGUUACAGGGUUUUCCCGCGCAUAAAUUUCUGCCCUUGCCGAUCGUUUAAACAUCAAGUUAUUGAAAGGAAAGCUCAGAUUCUUUGUAAGCACGUAUUGGCGGCGAGAAUUGCACAAAUAUUAGGCAGGAUUACUGACCACGAGGUAACUGGGGAUCAGUACCUGAUGUUAUUGCGUUCUAUGUACAAUAUUGAAGAGAAUCAUGGAUGAAGGAACUUCACAGUACUAUUUCACAGCUUCUAUGGACUCUGGGAAAACAUUGUGCAGCUUGUUGAAGGCUAUACAGUUUCAAGAGAAUGCAGUAUUCUGUGCAUUACCAGAGGGUCUCAAGCUGACCGUGGAAGAAGGCAAGUGUGUGCAAGCAUCUGCCUAUGUACCGUCAGAUAACUUUACUGAGUACCAUGUUAGAGAUGAUGUUGAUGUUAUGUUCAAGAUCAGUAUAGCAGUCUUAUCAGAAUGUCUGAACAUAUUUGGUUCUGGUGAAGAGUCCAGUUUGAAAAUGUAUUACAGAGGUGAAGGGUCACCUUUACUGCUAGUAUUGCAACCCCAAUCUGUUCACAACGUGAUGACGGAUUGUGAGAUAUCAACACAAACUGCAGACUCUGUCCUGGAGCUCCGAGAUGAGGAUGCUGAAGAAGUUGCCAAGCUUGUGCUGAAGGCCCCCGCCUUUUUAUGUCUGCUGGCUGACUUGGAGAGAUCCUGUGAAGUAUUUGAGCUGAACCUGUCACCUGACCAUCCUAAUGUCAGCAUUGUUACUUAUGGCAUGCAGGAUAGAUCAUGCAUUGACAUGCCAAAGUCUUCAGACAUGGUCCAGAGUUUUAGCUGUGAAUCACCUGUCACGUUGAGGUACCAGCUCAAUCACAUACGAACCAUUAUGAAGGCACUCGCGAUAUCUACUAAGGUUGUAUUAAGAUGCAGCUCAAAUGGCCUUAUGCUACUCCAGUUAAAGUUAGAAAAAGAAGACCAAAGGCAAAUGUUUUCCGAAUUUUAUAUUGUUCCAUUACUUGACGAUUAAUUCUGUUAUUUAGGUUCUAAGGAUAUUUUUAUAAAUAAAAAACAAAUUGCAAAAUA